AACAGGGGUGAUUGAAGAAUGAUAAUCACAUAUAAUAAUCGAGGCCAGAUAAACACUCAGCUUUAUCCGUUGUUUAGAACUUGCACCAGCCAGUCCUGACCUAGCCAUUCCAUUUUGAUUCCUAAAUUGUAAAAUUGUCUCAGAGAUAUGGAGAUACCUAUACUUACAGCUGCUGAAGCCUCACAAUUAGACAGUCUUCAAUCUUUCAAGCGCCUUAGCAGCAAAGCAUACCUCUACACCCCCUCUGGAACGCACGACAGCGACUCAGCACCACUGCCAAAUCCAGACACCAAUGCACCCCAUCUCAUCUUCCUAGUAUCAUGGAUGAACGCAUCCUCUCGCCACAUCUCAAAAUAUACCUCCCACUACCAAAUCUUCUAUCCCUCCACCCCUAUUCUGCUUGUCACAAGCUCCGCAUCCGACUUCUUCCCCGUCUCCAUCCAGCACCGCCUGGCCACACUCGCUCCCGCAAUCAGUGCCAUCCGCGCCUACACCGACGAGAGGCAAGUCUCCCGCAAUGACCUCCUAGUCCACGCCAUGUCCAACGGCGGCGGCGGGCAACUCGCGCUAAUAUCCAAGCAAUAUCUCGCGGAGACGGGACAACCCUUACCGGCAAACACCAUUGUAUAUGACUCGUUGCCUGGAACGGCGCGCUUUAAGCAAGGGCUCGCGACAUUUUCUCUCGGCCUACCUGCAACUUGGUACUUGAGAAUGCCUAUGCAGCUGAUGUUCAGCAUCUUGUUGCUUUUCUGCUAUAUCCUACCACAGAUCAUGGGACAGAAGAUUUCGGCUUUAGUGAUUUUCAAUUCUGUUAGGCCGGAAUUCAUCCGCAAGGAGGCGAAGAGAUGUUAUAUCUACUCAGAUGGGGAUGAGGUUGUUUUGGAUAGGGAUGUUGAGGAGCAUGCAAAAGAAGCGGAGAGGAAUGGGCUGAGGGUUGAGAUGGUGAAGUUUGAGGGUACGAGCCAUGUGGGACACAUGAGAUCUGAUCCAGCAAGAUAUUGGGGAAUAGUGAAGCGGAGUUGGGAGGAUCGGGCUUGAGAUGUGUCUUUUUAUUUGACCAUUUGAUCAUUAUCUUCAUUCUUCAAUCAUCUAUUAAUCGUCGGAUCGGCUUGGUCGCUUCACUCCUAGCCGGAGUAAGCAAGUUGUCCCGUCGGAAGGAAGUGUCCUGUAUCGAGUUCGACUUCGGGCAUCUAUCGCACUCGCAGUGAACCUUUGAGUGCAAAAAGCAAGACAAGGGAUAUCCUGAGGCUCAGUGACCUAUUUUAUUUCAACAUGGCUACUAUAUAGACGUGAACUAUAUUGGUUUCUACAACCCAGAUCUCGCACCAUAUCUUGAUUCUCGUGUUGAACGAGCACCAACCGCCUCAAAUAUCUGUUUCCACCCUCGCCGCUUUCACUAAUCUGAGCCUCCUAGCCGCUUAGCCUCUAAACCAUCACCUAUCUCUGUUUAACCAAGUGCUGAGCUGCAAUAACAUUGUUAUUCUUGUCUAAUUCAUAGGCCGUGUAGUGCAUGCGCUUGUCGAGAUCACUCUGAUGCUCGGAUUCCCUGUUUUAAGGCUAGCUGAUCCUCAUUAAAUAUGCAAGAAUAGCGCAAGCAGAAGGGCUCAUACUUCAUAGCAACUGCGGCAGUCUUCUCACUAAAAAUGCUUGCAUUCUCUUCCACAACGUUCACAAAGUCAUCUUUAACACCCGCAGAAGGGAAUCCAGAAGUGCGUGUCUACAGAUUCGUCGUAUCUACAACCUGAAUAUCUGCAAGUAGUUCAUCCUUUGAGAGCUUCAUGUCCACGGACUACUUCAAUCAUCAGGGGACUAAGAGACAAGCAAAGAAGUAACAUGUAAAAAAGGAAAAAUAGCCAAGAAAAUUCUCAGGAACAAAAGAGAAAUGAGAGGUAAGAUGCGAGGGAAGAAAACAGGAAAGACGAAAGGGUAGACAGGAGAAUGAAGGGAAGAGAAGAAGUAGGUGUGUGGACACCAAACUGGAGGUAGG